CUACACAACAAAACUUCAAGGGCGGUGCCACACCAGAAAUACGUCUCGGACGAGCUCUACGGCGGGUUCUUACUGGGGUUCAGCGUCGUCAGCACCAUCAUGUCUUCCCUGGGUUGUCUUGGCAACCUCGUCGUUAUCAGAACGUUCGUCUCCCUCGGUCUGAAGGAAGGGGUGACCGUAUCGUUCGUGUUCCUCGCCGUGUCCAACCUGGCGUAUCUCAUCGUCAUGAUCGCCAACGCGGUCUCCAUCGGCGUCUACGUCAACGAAAAACUCCAAUCGUUCAAGACGUGGAAUCCGGUCGAUCCGUUCGGGAUGUAUGUGUUCUUCUCAAACAUUUCUUACCUCCUGAACCUGAUCACCAUAUUGACCACAACGUACCUGGCCGUCGUCCGGUGCAUGUGCGUGGCCAUGCCGCUACAGUUUAAGUCGGCUCUGACCAGGCGGAGAUCCGUUCUGAUCCUGGUGGCGUUCUGCGUCGUUUCGAUCGCCAGCUACAUUCCGAUCCUGGUCUACAUGAAGAUCGUCCGGGCGUUCGACGCCAAGGUGAACGCCACGAGGUACGUGCUGUGGAUCUCUCCGGAGCGGGAGGAGGUCAAGGACGUCGUGUGGUUUACCCGGGAUGUGUCCGUGACCUUCAUCACGCAGAUCAUCGUCAUCGUCUGCGUCGUCAUCAUGGUCAGGUGUCUCCUCGCGGCGUCCAGGUUUCGCCGAGAGUCCAUGAGGUAUUCGGAAAAACGUGAGGACACCCGCAACACUGAAUCUUCGGUGAGUCAAGUCCACGGGAGUGGAGCUCACCAGAAACGCAAAGCUAAUGAAGCGGGAAGCGGCCACGCCUUGAAGCUCAGCGCUAAGGAUAUGUCGGUGGUCCAGCAGGUGGUUCUCAUCUCCGUGGUGUACAUCGUGUGCAACACCCCGGCGAUUAUGGUCAACACGACGGUUAUGCUGGUGGAGGACUUCACCCUGGGGAAUGUGUAUCAAAACUUGUACCUGACAGUACUCGGCGCCAUGGAACUGUUUCAGACGUUCAACUCCAGUUUCAAUGUCUUCAUCUACUAUAGGUACAACAAGAAAUUCAGA